AUGGCUGGCUUGUUCUCGCUAAUAACAGGUUCUGUCUCCAUAUACCUGGCACUAAGUACAUUACUGAUGCUUAUAUUCUUGGUGCACUUUAUUACUAGACAGAAGAAGUCUCCGUAUAACUUUCCUCCAGGUCCAACGCCGCUACCUCUCAUAGGAAACCUUCACCAAUUGGACUUCAAAAGACAGGACCUCUCUCUGCUGAAGCUUUCAGAAAAAUAUGGCCCCAUAUUCACCAUUCACUUGGGUAUGAAUAAGGCCGUAGUGCUCACCGGACUGGAGACCAUAAAGGAAGCCCUUGUGGAGGAAGCGGACACAUUCUCAGACAGAGCUUUUUUCCCUAUAUUUCAUGAUAUCCAAGGGGGAAAUGGUGUAUUUUUUUCAUCUGGAGAAAUGUGGAGAACUACAAGACGCUUUACAAUAUGCAGUCUGAGGAACCUGGGCAUGGGCAGGAAGCAUAUAGAAAACAAAAUCAUAGAGGAACUGCAGUUUCUGACAGACAAGAUUGAGUCUUAUGCUGGUCAGUCAUUUAAACUAAGAGAAUUUAGCUGUGCUCCUACAAAUAUUACCCUCGCCAUGUUGUUUGGCAGCAGGUUUGACUACAAGGAUCCUGUCUUCAUACAGUUGCUGGAUUUGAUUUACGAAACUUUCAGUUUGCUUGGUUCUCCCUCUUUACAGUUAUAUAACAUGUUUCCAGUGCUUGGAAUAUUUCUGAAGACUCAGAAGAUCAUACUGGAGAAGCUUGAUCAGAUCUGUGAGCUUAUAAAGACCGACAUUCAAUUCAGAAGGGAGAAAAUAGAUGUAAACUGUGUGAGCUCAUUCAUCGAAACUAUGGUUGCCAAACAAGAAGAGGAAAGGAAAAAUAAAGAUUCUCUCUUUCAUGAUAAAAACAUCCUGGCUACAGUACUAGAUCUGGUUAUGGCCGGUACAGAGACCACCUCUACAACACUGCACUGGGGGAUUCUGCUGAUGAUAAAAUAUCCUCAAGUACAAAAAAAAGUUCAAAAAGAAAUCCACUCGAUUCUGGAAUCUAGGCGUCUCCCAAGAUAUGAAGACAGAAAUGCUAUGCCCUAUACCCAAGCUGUGAUACAUGAAAUCCAGAGAUUUGCCAAUGUCAUUCCACAUCUGGCACAUGCCACAUCUACAGACACAUAUUUAAAAGGUUACUAUAUCCCCAAGGGUACAACCGUGAUCCCGCUGCUUACAUCCGUGCUGUAUGACAGACGUCACUGGGAAACUCCAUUCCAGUUUAAUCCCCAACACUUUUUAGAUCAUGAAGGGAAAUUUGUAAACAACGAAGCUUUCGUGCCCUUCUCCACAGGGCGCAGACUUUGCGCAGGAGCGAGUUUGGCGAAGAUGGAGCUGUUCAUAUUUUUAACGGGAUUACUUCAAAAGUUCACCUUUACCCCUCAACACGGUAUGAAGGAAUGUGACUUAGACCUCAAUGCCACCCAAUGUUUCACACUAAGGCCUCAGCUUCAUCUGCAGUGCUGUGCUGUGGUGAAUUGAUCCGUCUAUAGGAGGACGGCACAUUAUCUCUCAGGGCUUGUAC